CACAUUAAUCAAAGGGCAGUGAGAGAUAUCAGAGAGAGUGGAAAAAAAAAAAAAUGAUACUUCCGUCAAAUAUUAACAUUCCAACAACAGAGGACAGGAGAGAUGAGCUUGAUGAAGAGCCAGGCGGAAGAAGAAAAGGCACGUGGAAGCACGCCGCUUUCCACGUCGCCACCACCGUCGCCACCCCCGCCGCUUACGCUCCUUUGCCCUUCGCUCUCGCUUCUCUCGGUUGGCCUCUCGGAGCGAGUAGUUUGGUGGGUGCAACGCUCGCGACGUGGUAUUCUAGUCUUCUGAUCGCCUCUCUUUGGAAAUGGGACGGAAAUAAGCACGUUACCUAUCGGAAUCUUGCUCAAAGCCUUUUCGGAAUUUGGGGUUACCGGUCAAUUGCAUUUUUUCAGCAGGUGGCUUCUUUGGGCAAUAACAUUGCCAUUCAUAUUGCUGCUGGGACUAGCCUCAAGGCAGUUUACAAAUAUUACGACAGUGAUGGGACCUUGACCUUGCAGCACUUUAUCAUCUUCUUCGGCGCUUUGGAGCUCUUUCUCUCUCAGCUCCCUGAUAUUCAUUCAUUGAGAUGGGUAAAUGGAUUGUGCACUUUUAGUACUGUUGGUUUUGCUGCUACAACUAUUGGUGUCACAAUAUAUAAUGGAAAAAAGAUCGAUAGAAAAUCAGUCAGUUAUAGUUUGCAUGGAAGCCCAUCUGCUAAAAUAUUUGGAGCCUUUAAUGCGCUCGGCACAAUCGCCUUUUCGUUCGGAGAUGCAAUGCUUCCAGAGAUUCAAAACACAGUAAGAGAGCCUGCAAGGAAGAAUAUGUACAAAGGUGUGUCAGCAGCAUAUGGGGUCAUUGUGCUGAGUUACUGGCAAUUAGCCUUCUGUGGAUAUUGGGCUUUUGGUUCUGAAGUUAAGCCUUAUAUUGUGGCCUCCCUGAGUGAUCCAAAAUGGACUAUUGUUAUGGCAAAUCUCUUUGCUGUCAUUCAAAUAUCGGGUUGCUUUCAGAUCUAUUGCAGGCCAACAUAUGCCUACUUUGAAGAAACAAUGUCAAGCAAGAAAAGCGGGAGCCAUUCGCAGCUCGAAAACAUGCUAGUUCGUCUCGUCUUCACUACCAUUUACAUGGUCCUCAUAACCUUGAUAGCCGCAGCCAUGCCAUUCUUUGGGGACUUUGUGUCCAUCUGUGGGGCUAUUGGGUUCACUCCUCUGGACUUUGUUUUCCCUGCUUUGGCAUAUCUGAAAGCCAGAAGAGAACUCCAAAACACAAGGCUUCAACUUUGUUUGAAGCUCCUUAACUUUGCAAUAGUUGGUUUGUUCUCGGUUGUUGCAGUGUUGGGUUGCAUUGGGGCAAUCAGGUUUAUCAUAGAAGACAUCAAGACUUACAAGUUCUUUCAUGAUAUGUGAGACCCUUUUACUUUGUUUUUAAUUUUCGUUUUUGUACAUUUCAACCAUACAUAAGCAAGAAAUUGAUAUUAGUGUGAUCCGUUUAAAUUUUUUGUUCAAACUUAUGAAACAA